AUGCAGCUUCUAAAAAGAAUUAAUAAGCCCCAUAUUUUGGAACCCAAAUGUAAGCGUUUCUCACCAAGGCCACACCAAUUGUUUGGCCAAAGAAGAUCUCUUGAUGAGAAGUUCCAUGAACUUAACAAUCCUCAACAACUUUCUGCACUAAAAUGUCGUACUGAUUGGUACGUACACUCUUAUCAUUGGGCUGAUGAUUGUCAAGUUCGAGAGGCCCUCAAUAUUCGAAAGGGGACUAUUGGGAAAUGGGAGCGAUGUGCAAGUAAUUUGCAAUACCAAAAGACGGUCAUGAGUAGCAUACCAUAUCAUGCAAGUCUCAGUAGCAAAGGCUAUAGAUCUCUUUUAUACAGUGGAGAUCAUGACAAGGGUGUUCCCUUCCAAUCAACUCAAGCAUGGAUAAAAUCUCUUAACUACUCCAUUGUUGAUGAUUGGCGACCAUGGGUCGUUCACAAUCAAGUUGCCGGUUACACGAGAAGUUACUCAAAUUGGAUGACAUUUACCACAGUGAAGGGAGCAGGCCACACUGCACCGGAGUAUAAGCCUCGUGAAUGUCUGGCGAUGCUCAGAAGGUGGAUGUCUUACCAGCCCUUAUAAUCAACAAAUAUAUCGUAAUUUGUAAUCACUGUCAAGAUUCCAUUA